GUUUUGAGUCCGGGACCUUCCUCAUCCUCGUUUGGCUCUUCCUCCUCCUCCUCCUCCUCCUCCUCGCCGUCCCCGUGGCCGCCAUGGGCAACGCCAAGAGCGGGGCGCUGUCCAAGGAGGUGCUGGAGGACCUGAAGACGAGCACGCGCUACUCGGAGGAGGAGCUGUGCCGCUGGUACGAGAGCUUCCAGCGGCAGUGCCCCGACGGCCGCAUCAGCCGCGCCGAGUUCGAGAAGAUCUACGGCACCUUCUUCCCCAACUCGGACCCGCAGGGCUACGCCCGCCACGUCUUCCGCAGCUUCGACACCAACGACGACGGCACGCUGGACUUCAGGGAGUACAUCAUCGCGCUGCACCUCACCUCCUCGGGCAAGACCCACCUCAAGCUGGAGUGGGCCUUCUCGCUCUUCGACGUGGACCGCAACGGCGAGGUCAGCAAGGGCGAGGUGCUGGAGAUCAUCACGGGGACAUUCGGGGUCCCUGCCCGGGGGCUCCCCCGGAUCCGGGAAUUCCCUCCGGAACCGGGGGAGGGGCUCUGA